AUGAAACCCAAGAAUGGAUCACAAUGGCCAAGAAGAUCAAAUAUUGUGCAGAACUUGUACAUACUUCUGUUUUUCCUCUUCUUGAAACUCUUUGUUCUUGUUCAAUGUUGUAAUAAUAAUAACAGCCUUACAAAAUCAUUAGAUGUUAUUCUUCAUGAACAUGCUUUCAAGACUUUGGUUCAUCAACAUACUGGAUCUUUAUACAAUGCUAGUGUUCCUUCAAGUCUAGCAGGAAUGAAACUCACACUAGUGAGGUUAAGAAGCAGGACAUUAUGGGAAAAAGGUGCAAACUUUAGUGGAUUUUCAAUUCCUCCAAAAACAAUUCCAGUGCCUUAUGUUAAAAGAAUCCAUAUUGUGUACAAUGAUUUGGGAAACUUGUCUUCUCAUUACUUCAACAUAUCAGGUUACAAUCUCUUGACUUCUAUUAUUGGUUUCAUUGUUUAUGAUGCACCAUCACAUAUUAGCACAAUCAAAAGUCUUACAAAACUUGAUCUUAGACCAAUGGGACAACAACCUAUAUCGAUCGAGUUCAAGAAUUUAACAGAGGUGAUCAAGGGAAGAACAAAGUGUGCAAUGUUUGAUGAAAAUGGAAAAGUUUCACUUAGUGAAAUAAGGUUUCCCAACUUAUGUUACACCAGAAAUCAUGGUCAUUUCACUAUAGUGUUACCUUCAGAGACUAAGAAAAAGAGGAGAAUAUGGGCCUUUUUGGUUAUCGGAUUUGUUAUCGGGCUAUUUGGUGUGGUAUUGGUGGUUGUUGUAGGAAGGAUGGUGCUGGGAAUUUUUAAAUCCAAAAAAAAAUGUGAAAUGGAAAGAGAAGCAGAGGAAGGUGAGAUUUUGGAAAGUGUUAUGGUUGGUAGAAGCAAAAUGCCUGUUGCUAUGGUUACAAGAACUCAUCCAGUACUUGAAGGACCAUGUUUUCCAUAG